AACAUCAGAAAACAAUCAAACAACCACAACAGCAAAAAAUGGCGGCUUCUGCGACCAAACAGUCUAUGUUGAUGUUGGCGUCUCUUCUGGUCUUGAUCGGCGUAACCACCGGAAGUUUCUACGACAGCUUCGAUAUCACUUGGGGAGCUGGUCGUGCUAAUAUAUUUGAGACUGGACAACUCCUGACUUGCACUCUCGACAAGAUCUCCGGUUCAGGUUUUCAAUCGAAGAAAGAGUAUUUGUUCGGAAAGAUCGAUAUGAAGAUAAAACUUGUCGCUGGAAAUUCUGCCGGAACCGUCACAGCUUACUAUCUUUCUUCAAAAGGUGAGAAAUGGGAUGAGAUCGAUUUCGAGUUCUUGGGUAACGUUACCGGACAGCCUUAUGUUCUCCAUACAAAUGUGUUUACCGGAGGUAUAGGUAACCGUGAAAUGCAGUUCUAUCUCUGGUUUGAUCCCACUGCGGAUUUCCACACUUACACCGUCCUUUGGAACCCUCUCAACAUCAUCUUUCUUGUGGACGGAAUCCCAAUCCGGGUGUUCAAGAACAACGAGGCUAACGGCGUUGCUUACCCGAAAAACCAACCAAUGAAGAUCUACUCGAGUCUAUGGGAAGCUGAUGAUUGGGCCACACAAGGCGGGAGAGUCAAGAUCGAUUGGACUAACGCUCCAUUCAGCGCUUCCUACAAAAGUUUCAACGAUGUGGACUGCUGCAGCCGGACCUCGAUAUGGGACUGGGUUACGUGUAAUGCGAAUAGCAACUCGUGGAUGUGGACUACGCUUAACGCAAAUCAGCUUGGACAGCUUAAGUGGGUGCAAGAUGAUUAUAUGAUCUAUAACUAUUGUACAGAUUUCAAGAGGUUCCCUCAAGGUUUACCCACAGAAUGCAACCACAAUUGAUCGUAUUACAAAGAAAAUUCAAGCACUUGA